AUGGACAAGAGUAGUACAAACUUUGUUAGUCCAUUUAGAAAUUAAAAAUACUCCUAGUAGAGUUAUACCAUUUUAAAGCCUCAAUAAAGCAUUGGGAAAGUUAAGUAUAGCCAAAACAACCAUUCUUAGUUAUUAUAAAAGCAAUCCUCUGGAUCUAGACUUACUAAGAUUAAUAUAGAGAAUACAGAUAUUGACAAUAGCCAUUAGAGUUCAUAACUUAUUAAGAUCAAAUUCGAAGCUCCUCAAUAAUCUAUUCAUGCUAUAUAACUAGCAAUAAAGAGUAGGAAUGUUGAUGAAUUUAGAAAGCUACUUGAUGAUUAGACUUAGAUUUCAAAUAUUACUGAUAAUAUAUCCUUAAACAAAUUUAAAAGAAAAGUGAGUCAGCAGUAGCCGAUUAUCCGCUUGAGAAACAACUCUUUUGAUUUGGAAAAUAGAUUCAUCAAGAAGAAUUUAGUUUAAUAGGAAUAGAUUAACUUGCAAAGCUAGCGAUAACUACCCAUAGCCAUGCAGAAUUAGAGUACAAGCAUGAAUAGUUCAAAUUUUCACAUUAAUGAUAUAAAGGGAAGAUUGCUAUCUGAUCAGCUUAAGAAGAGUCCUAUAAUAGAUAAACUGCUAAUGAAUAUGAGAUAAAAUACAAAUAGAAAUAGCUAAAUCAACUCUAAACAGAGAUUUUAAAAUGUAAUCUGGGAGAGUUCACUAAACAAUAGUCCCUCUCCACUUACAAUGAGAUAUUGA